GAAUAUUCCAACCUUCUUUAAUGAGGAUGGGAAAUGAUUUUUCCCCACCAAAUGUUUGGUUAUAGUCAACGACCAGAAAUAUCAGUUUUAUCACAACCCCACGGCUAUAUUCUCCGGUUGAAGCGUCUUCUUUCAUUUUCCUAAAACCAUAGCCCCAAUCUCAUGCCCUCGUUGAUGGCUUCCUCUGCAAUUCUCCAUUUUUCUCCUUCUUCAUCCCUCCUCCUCUCCCGCAAAACCUGUCGGCCUUCCGUUUUCACAGCUGCUCAAUUUCCGAGAUCCCUUACAAUUAAGGCUUCAACUUCUCUGGAUUACUCCAACGUCUCUGUCAUUGAUAAGUCAGCAGCCCCAUCCAAGACUAAUAACUGGAAAUGGAAAUUCGAGGAUAAUUCUAUCAAUAUAUAUUAUGAAGAAUAUGAAAAGGAGAGCUCUGAGCCUCCUAAGGACAUCCUUAUGAUACCAACAAUCUCUGAUGUUAGUACUGUAGAAGAAUGGAGAUUAGUGGCUAGAGAUAUUGUUCAACGAGUUGGCAAAGUCAACUGGAGAGCAACUAUCAUCGAUUGGCCUGGACUGGGUUACUCUGAUAGGCCAAAGAUAGAUUACAAUGCAGAUGUAUUAGAGAAAUUCCUUGUUGAUUUCAUGAGUGCACCAGAUUGCCCUAUUAGCCAAACAAAAAAUGACUUAGUGGUCUUUGGAGGAGGGCAUGCAGCCACAAUAACAAUUCGAGCUGCAAAAAAGGGUUUGGUGAAGCCAGCUGCCAUUGCUGCUGUUGCACCUACCUGGGCAGGUCCUCUACCUAUUGUGUUUGGUCGAGAUUCUGAUAUGGAAACAAGGUAUGGGUUACUUAGGGGCACCUUAAGGGCCCCUGCUGUGGGCUGGAUGAUGUACAACAUGCUUGUCAGUAAUGAAAAGGCAAUUCAGUCCCAGUACAAAUCCCAUGUUUAUGCAGAUCCUAAUAAUGUCACUCCAAGCAUUGUUGAGAGUAGAUAUGCACUGACCAAAAGGAAAGGGGCUCGCUAUGUGCCUGCUGCUUUCUUAACUGGUCUUCUUGACCCUGUUAAUUCUCGAGAGGAGUUUCUUGAACUGUUUGCAGCGUUGGAGGGACAGAUACCAGUUCUGGUUGUGUCAACUAAGGGCUCUCCCAAGAGGUCAAAAGCAGAGAUGGAAGCUCUCAGGGUAGCAAAAGGGGUGAGCAAGUUUGUUGAGCUGCCAGGAGCUCUUCUCCCUCAAGAAGAGUAUCCUGCCGUUGUUGCAGAGGAGCUUUACAGGUUCUUGCAAGAGAAUUUUGAAUGCGAAGCGUAAGAACAGUUUUAAUGGAAGUUAAUGUCAAGAGGCAGUGGUAAUUGUUCUUACCCUUAUGAGGUUGUCAGUCAUAGACUUCCAGUUUAACUUUUGACUUUAGGUUCCAUGAGAUUGCAAACUUAUUCCGCUCUUGACAGAGGUAUAUACAAGAAUAUAUGUAUGAGUAUAGUUACACUGGAAAUGUAACAAGAAUUAUACCUCUUUAUAGAAAGAGUUUCCAUGCUUGAGUUUUCACUGAGGUCAACAAACCAUCAGAGUUAAAGGGAAGAGCCGCCAUGAAGACCUCAAUAUUCAAUUUUAUUAGCUGUAAGAUCUGACAUAUUUCUAGGGAGCUAGUUGAAAUUGUAAACCCAUCGAUUAUUAGUGUGAGAAGAGUUAAGAGUUGGAGUGAAUUUCUAAUCACAAUAGGUUGAAAUUCAGAGUCAGGUUGGUGGGCAUUGAGAGCUCUAUUCUUUUGAAUUGUUCAAAGAAUGAAUUCAUUGAGCCUAUUCAAGAAGAAGCUAUGUCAUAGUUUUAAAAGGCGCGCUUUAGGCUCAAGGCACAACCAUAGUUACAGCGCCUCAACUGCCAAAACACGCAUCUUAUUGAAGAGAGCGAUGUGGAACCUUAUUAGAAGCCAAAGGGAAAGAGGCCAAGGGAAGGGAUGGCAGAGGGUUUGACUUUUAAAGGAUGCAAAGCAGCUGAUUGGGGUCAACACACUUCACCCCUACAAUCACACCGCAUUCAAUCUUGUGUCGGAGCUCGUCCUCACCUCUACCGCCCACGUGUCCGUUCUUCACGUGAUUUAUACGUGGUCUCUUCCGCCCAAUUAAUCACUGUGAUGACAGGUGUCAAUACCGACAAACUCCACCACAGCCCUCGAGCCUCACGAUCUUGACACCUGGCCAUCGACGCAGACUACUCACUUGAGUGGUGGGCCCUCUCCCCUGGAUUUCUACUGUUUUUAAAAUAUCCCGUCAUCCAUUUGGGGCUUCUCGAAGCCCAACCAUUGUAGGUUGUGUACUCUUGAAAUAUUUUGCCAUGUGGGCUUGUUGCUUGCCAUACAUUUGUACGGUACCCCUUGCUCUGGGCCGGAUCGGGGGUGUGGGCCCUAAAGUACAUGUGGGCUCCUAGUUGUUUGACAAAUGGAGGGAUUCUUUAAUGUCAUUCAUUGUAAGCUUUUGCUUGUUUUUUCUUCUUUUAUAAUUGAAGGUGAUUUCCAGA